AUGUUUAAGCUUCGACGACGACGGACGGAGCCUGGGGCCGAGUUCCCCAGCCACGAUCCUCCGGCGUACGGUGACAUUUUACGGGGAAAUGCCCCCCUGAGAAGGUGUCUGGUGAAAGCCGAGCUAGCGCUGUACUAUGACCAGCCAAAGAAGUUUGCUGCUACUGAUUGCUUUGCUGGUGAUCCUUUACUUAACUGUGACCUGCUUACCAUUGAAUCUACGGGUGAUUUGAGGGCUGAGGGUGAUUGGAAGCUGGUAUCCACUUACCGUGUUAAAGCACACAAUCUACCACUGGUGGGGCUUAUAGAGGAUAAACGAGGAUCCCUCGGCUCUACUAAAUGCCGUUUCAUUGAUAUCACUACCGUUGCUGGCGACGUGGUGGUGAGAGUGGUACAAAUCGACGAGGCGUCGCCCUUAGUGUGUUUGGGAAGAAACAAACGGGGGAUAAUCGGGUCUAUUUUGCCUCAGGGAGAAUGCUAUAGCCUCGAAAUGAUUAAAAAUGGGGAAUACCACGAGUUUGCUCGCGUAUCAAUGACUACCACAAAGCACCAGUGGGCGGUGGCUAUGGUCGAUGCUGACGGCUACCGCGGUCCUAGCGUCGCCAAUAUCGGCUGCUAUGCUCCCGGAGAUUGUGUGGUCAAUACGGCACGCAUGCUGUAUCGAUUUCGAGCGAUAAUAUUGGCAUUUGUCGGCUGGCGUCUCGGUCUGUUGCCCACGGCUACCACAUUGCUGCUGCCUCCAAGAGUGCCUACCCUGGGAUGGGAACGUGAUGAAGUGGCUGGAGAACGUAUUUCUAGUGAUGUUACCUCAGAAUUUGCUACGGUUACUCCAGGAGAGAUCUACGAUUAUUUCCAUUUGGACACUCCCAUGAUCACCAGUCCUCAACUUAAAGUGUUUGAACUAGAUCAAAGACUGUGGCGUCCUACGGCUACGUCUACAUGGGCAGUACUGGUUCAGUACGGUAUCGUUGACGGCACGGGAACUCGCCUAGGCUAUAUGGCCCAACGAGACCAUGGCCACCAACUGCUCCAUGACUAUCACGACGACGAAGGCCGGUUGGUGAUGAGGGUAACCGUCGAAGCUCCUACUUCCAGGAUCUAUCUACCAGUAGUUACCGGUUAUGGUGACCACAAAUUUGAGUGUGUCGGUUCUCUCUUUGAAGAACCAGAUGGCCAGAGACGGUACCUGAUGAUCCAUGAGAAUGAAGUUUACGGGACGGGUGCACCGAGUGUGGUGCUGGCUAAACCGUUUAAAUGUAUCAAGCCCAAAGAAUAUGGUCGUAUUGAGGUUAGUUGUGCCGUUAGCGGCGGCCGCCGGUCCCAUGCAUUUAUAUUUAACGGCCAACUGCCGGAAGUGCGAGCAGCAGUGGUGGCGUCAGUGAUGCUGAUGGACUACUUGAAGAGGACGAGGCUAAAGAGACAAUUGCUAGGCUAA